CCUGUCAUAUGAAAACUUUUUCACUCUUGACAGCGCAAAUCGAGAAUCGGGCCGUGCAAAACGAAAAAGUUUUAGCUCAUUUUUCGUUUGUAGUUUUUGUUCAUUUUUGCGAGCCACGCAACUAAAAAUGCUGUGGAAAUCGGUGAUUGCUUUGUGCGUCAUUGGAGUCGCCUUGGCCGAGCAGACGCCCGUUUUUCUAUGGGGUGCCAACAGUCCAACGAAACCUUCGCUGCGCACUGUGCCUCAGGCUGAAUUUCAAGAGCAGUUGACGACUUUGCUCAAAGAUCACAUGGUUGUGGCCUUCGAGGAAAAUGGCCUAAGCAACAAGGAUUUCCUGUGCUCCACCAACGAGGCCCAGUCCUGCUAUGCUCAGCUGCAAAGCGUCAGCCCCAAGACCUAUUACACAAGCGUCGAGAAUCCGGCUGAGGCAUUGCGUGUCGCUGCCCAGAAGCGUGAACACAACAGCGUCGAUGCCAACGGCCAGCUGGUGCAUCCAAUCAAAUGCGAAGUAGGCACCGCACAGAUUGUUUCCUUCGAGAAUGUGGAAGAGACACGUGCCGCUACGCUCCAGUCACAUGACGCUGCCAUUGCUGCCAUCAGUCAGCAAUUGAACUGCAAGGUUGCCUAUCUGUAUUUCGCUGCACCCGCCACGGCACCCGUUGUGCAGCGUCGCGUCCGUCGCUGGACGUCGGCGGAGACGGUUACCAAUAGGUUCUUCAGUGGCAAUCAGUUUGCCAUUAGCUUCGUGAAUGUUGAGUACUAUAACCAGGCCGCUGGCACCACGACACCAGUGAAGGUUCUGGGCAUGACAAUCACCAACGCCACCAGCAUUAAGUUCUCCGUUGCCCUGUCAACCGAUGCCUCAAAAGAUAUCACCUUUGACGUUACCUAUGGCGCUGAGGAGGGCUACUAUACGGUGAGCAAUGCAGCCUAUGGCACCGAUACAUUCCGUACGCCCGGAGUGACCGCCCCGCCAAGCUUCUCGUAUACCUGCGGCAACACCACCUGGUAUACACCCGUCAAUAAGGAAAACCAGAUUAACUCGCUGACCUGGACCUCGCUCCAGCUGCAAGCGCCGUUCAGUGAUACAACGCCGUCUGAUUUCGCAUUCGGCGAUUCCUGGGAUUGUGUGGGCUUCGUAACGCCCGGCAUUUUGAUGGGCCUGUUCGUCGUUGUCAUUUUGCUGGUGAUUGUCUUCCUGGGCUUGUGCUGGAUGAUGGACAUCAAGACCAUGGAUCGUUUCGAUGAUCCCAAGGGCAAGACCAUCACGAUCAAUGCCAGCGCCGAGUAGAUCGAGUAGAGUAGCUAUCACCGUCUUAGCUUCAUCUUUGUUUUACUUUAUUCUUUUUGUUUACCUUUUGUGCAUAUAUAGUAGAGAUAUCCGAUAUCCGUUAUAUUCAAUAUUCAUUCCUACCUUCACAUAAUUACUAUAAUCAAUACUUAAAUAACAAACAAAAAAAAAAAAAAGGCAGGAAAUUAGCGCUCACAAUUUAUAAAUCAUACAAUGUACAAAUUUAUGCCCACAAAGUUGAGAAGCUGCACAUUCAGCAUCGAAACAAGAAGAAGAACAAACACACAUGUGUACCUUCUUGACUUUGCAGCCGUAAAUUUUAUCAUAUAUCUUUAUAUAUAUAUAUAUAUAUAGUUUUGCUUGCACCGACUUUUGCUGCUGCAUUUGUUGAUCUUUUUAUGCAGUAUUUCGUUUAAGUUGAAAGUGUUAACAACAACAAAAAUGCACAAAAAAUGUACUUUUAAGGACGCACACUAUGUUAUGUUUGUGUGCGUGUGUGUGUGUGUGUGAGCUAUGCGUGUGUGUGUGUAUGUAUGAAUGUAUGUGUAGGAAUUUGUUUAAGCUAAGCCCGAUUCUUAUUUUGUCAUUAGGCGAAAAUUUAUUGUAUGCCCUUGUAUGAUAAUAUAAAUCAUUUCUGUAUGCCCGAA